UCAUGAGGAAUUUGAGGCGUGAAUGGUCAUUAACAUAUCUUUUGUUGCCAAGGGUGGGAGAGGUCUGAGGUGUGAAUUGGUCAUUACAAUGUAUGACAAGCUUGCUAGGAACAUCCUGUGUUCAGUGUUUUGUCCAUCUGAGUACCUUGAAAACGCUUUGCAUGCAUUUUUCAUGAUGAAAAAAGGCUCUGGACAGUAAAGGAAAAUGGAGGAGUUAAAAAAAGAAUUUCAAACGCAAACGCUUGUAAACACAAUUUGCCGCGUUUACAAGCGUUUUGCGUUUCAAAUGCUGAUAAAAUCUACUACUGAAUGCAAGUUUUCUGCAU